AUGGCUUUGAGGCGAGAACUAGUCGAGCUGUAUUUCGAAUACAUUCACGAUCAAUUUCAUUCCAUGUAUCACAAAGCAUCUUUCAUGGACGAUGUGGUGAACGAUCGGGUGCCUGUCAUUGUGCUCUUGGCACUCUUCGCUCUGUCUGCGAGGUUUUCGACUAGCGACGUCUUCAGUGGAACAGACCCAAGGCUACGCGGGGAGGUCUAUCGUGAAGCGAGCGAACGACUGUUCAGUAUCCGUCAUCUUACUCCUACGACAGUUCAGGUAUGCCUUUUGCUUGGAGCAUACGCAGCUGCCAGUGGCGACACGGACGUUGAAAACAUGUACUACAGCACGGCUGGCCGUAUGUGUUUGGUUCUGGACCUGCCCAAUCGUCCCGUCACCAGCCUAGUGGAGCGCGAGGUAAACAUCAGGAUGUGGUGGGCCAUCUGCAUGGUAGACGUCUGGUCGUCUGCAGCCGUUAGGAUGCCGCGCAUCAUGCCUUUUGACUACGCCGUGCCAUUUCCAAUCGACGAAAUACCUUUUUCAUCCAUGACCACCGAUGUGAGAUGCGACUUCAUUGAAAACCCCUCCUCAGUGGCCUCUCCUCUCCUCGCCGAGAUGAUCAAACUCAAUAGGAUAUUGUCCAAGAUUAUCGACUUCAAUCGAACCUGCGUAUCUGAACAUCUUGACGGCAUACCCCUUGAGAAAGGCAUACGCGAAUUGUCCCGCGACCUUGAUGUUUGGUUAGAGAAUCUUCCACAACGCAUGCACGACACGCCGGCAAAUUUCGAAUACUUUGCCUCACAUGGCCUCGGGCGUAUGUUCGCAGCUGUUUACCUGGGGUACUACCACUACGGUCAGCUCUUGAACUAUCAGUUCCUCUCAUCGUCCAUCGAAGCACCAGCCGACUCGGCGCGAUAUGCUGAUGCCUGCAAACAACACGCCGCACGGCUUUGUUCCCUUGUCUACCGCUCCCAUUCCACCCCUGGCAGCGAAGUUUUGUACUCAGCGGUCUCGCAUAUCCUAGUGAUUGCAUCGACCAUACAGAUCCAUACCCUGCUCUUUUCCGGAGACGAAGGCCAGAUCAGGAUUUCCAAGACGAGACUGGAGCGCAACUUUGAGAUGUUACUGCGGUUGCGCACGUAUUGGCCAAGUGUAGACGGUGCUAUGAGUCGCCUACGGGCAUUCCAUCAAACCUGUCUCCGAAGUAAGGAGACCAGCUUCGUUCUUGAUCGAUGGCUAUUGCGCUUUCUGGUCCAGUUUGCGCCUCAUAUGGAGCUUGAACCGAGAGACAACGAUCCGGAAUACAAGGCAUUGCUGGCGCUGAGCAGACAGUCACCGUUGUCAUGUCACUCAAUUAUGUCGUUGUGA